AUGAAAACCUUUAGCUGGAACCUCCAAGGGAUGGGGAAUCCUUGGACGGUUCGUGCUCUGAAGCAUUAUGUCAGAGCUAAUGAUCCCGAUAUUAUUUUUUUAAUGGAGUCUCGUCUUUAUCUUUUUGAAUUAAGUUUUUUCAAGUUUUCUUUCUCUUGUUAUAAUUAUUUUGUGGUUGACGCUAGAGGCCGAAGCGGAGGGCUGAUAUUAAUGUGGAAAAAAGAUGUGGAUAUUAACAUAGCUAGUUACUCCCAAAAUCAUAUAGAUUUUGAGUAUAACUGUUUGAAUGAUGGUCUGAAAUGGCGUGGUACAGGGGUUUAUGGCUGGCCUGAAGCGGGAUCCAGAGGGCUUACUUGGGACUUGAUGAGAAGACUUUGUGGUGGGUCCUCGUUGCCUUGGCUUGUUUUCGGUGAUUUUAAUGAGAUUUUGUUCAGUCGUGAAAAAGAAGGAGGGAGGCCGAAGCAAAACUAUCUGAUGGAGUCCUUUCGUCAAGCUUUAGAUGAUUGCGCGUUGCGAGAUUUGGGCUGGACAGGUUUUCAGUUUACAUGGGAUAAUGGCCGGCGGGAUUCGAAUAAUAUUAGAGAGCGACUUGACAGAUUUUUAGCUUCGGUGAGCUGGUCUCUUCUUUUCCCAUCGACUACUGUUUCUCACCUAAGUCGUAUUGCCUCAGAUCAUAAUCUGAUUCUGCUGUGUUUCGAAACUAACGGUGGGGUUGAAGUACACGCUGCUCAUGGGGAUUCUCAGCGUAUUUUCAGAUUUGAGGCUAUAUGGGUUAAACAUCCUGGUUGUGUUGAUGUUGUGGGAGAGUUGGGGCGGGUUUCAGCUGAGUUCAGUCACGGACAAAAUAGCUUUCUGCGCUGCUAA